AUGCAAAAACAGGAGAAGAAAUCUUCAACAGAGAGCCCACCAGAGGACCAGGGAUCAACUACCGCGACAGAAAUCAAGAGAGAAACUUCUCCGCCUCCCGUGGUGGGGAAUCGUAAGCCUCGACAAAAGCGCUGGGCACCAAAGUUGAAAACAGGUUGCAAGACGUGUCGGACACGUCGAGUGAAAUGUGACGAGACGAAGCCUUACUGCAAACAAUGCACAUCGCGGGGAAAAUGGUGCGAAGGAUAUGGCAUAACUGCGGCCAUUCUGCCGACUAUGCUAUCUGGGAGCUCUCAACAAUCUAGUAACUCGGUUAUGCUUGCGCCUAUACUUCCUGCUCGGGGGCAGUCUAGUCGUAGCAUGGUACAGCAACAUAACCGCCCGUUACCAAAAGUAACGGCUGAGCCGGUCCCUCCUAGUUGGAACCUUAUGGAAGCGUUCCGAUACUUCUAUGGCAUCAUGGCCCCAGAAUACAUGGAAAACUCGCUUGGGGAUAGCCAGUACGAUUCCCAAUUUCUCGCACCACCAACCUUUAUCAUCGAGCAUAGUUUCCUCAUGGUUGUUACUGCGCAUCGUAUCAGAGCUGCAAGUCAGAUGAGUGGUUUGCUACCUGCCCCCGAUCAGAUGCCGGCCAUUUCCCACAUUUGGGAGAGGUUUCACCACCACAUGAUACAGUCUCUUGAUAAUGUGAAUCGACAAAUUAGUGGCCCGGAUGUGGCAAUAGGAGUGUUUUAUCGCAUCAUGGAUAUUCUGCAUGUUGAGCUCACUCUACUGAGCCCAACUUGGCGUGGCCAUAUUGAAGGUUGCGCAACUUUGAUACGACUUUAUGGCGGCAUCCACAGAGUCCUGAGACUAAGCAUUGGCAAGCCAUCACCAAUUCUGGCAAUCCAACUGAUACUCAUCAUCGCCACCCUGGCUAAUACGACUGGUCCAUCUAACAACCAAAUGGGAGGGUUCUCUGACUGGAGCGAGCACGAUAUACGGACCGUCUACUCUACCACCAUGUACUCCGAAGUACCUUGUCCGACAGAAUUGUUCCUCAAUAUCAUGGAAAUUUCCCGUUUGCGAGGCCUUGUUGCUACCUUAACACCACCCUACUCCGACGCCAUCUGGCCCGCUAUUUCCAAUGUCUUCAACAAGAUUGACAGCUUCGUUCCCGAGAACUGGACUGAGCCGUACACUGUACCAGACAAACCUGAAAUGACUCUCAUUGCACGAAUUUACAAAUCUGCAACAACUUUGUACGCCGUUUUAUCACUGCCACCGCCGCCGAUUAUAUCACGAACUAAAGGUCCGAGCCAGGCUGCGAGUGAGGCAUCAUAUAAGCGGUCGAAAAUUGCAGCUCGUGACCGCCUUUUUCAAGAAACGGUGGAAGCAAUGGCGACUCUCAAGCCUAAUCUUUCUUUGUGCUGGCCACUGGCGGUGCUUGGAGCGUCACUCGUCGAUGUUGAUGGGGAGUCACCUGAAAGGACGUUUGUGGAGAAGAGUCUCCGGACAAUUAGCCGCACUCCGCAGGUUUACUAUGGCCCAACUCUGUCACUGGUCAAACUGAUGGCGUUUUGGAAAUCUGGAAAGACGGGCUGGGAUGAGUGCUUUGAUGAGCCUUGCUCGGUCAUGGCAUGA